AUGGAGGACGUCGAAAGAGCCACCUCCCGUUUGUGGAGAUCCUUCAAAACCGUCAAGGAGAUGGUCAGAGACAAGGGCUACUACAUUACUGAUGAGGAGAUCAACAUGACAUUGGAAGAGUUCAAGGCCAAGAUCUGUCCUAUGGGUGAACCACAGAGAAAGUUGAUGUGUUUCCAGGCUCAACCUACUGCGGAAGCUGCCGAGAAGUUCCCUGAAAUGGGAUCGUUGUGGGUGGAAUUCUGUGACGAGGCAUCAGUGGGUAUCAAGACCAUGAGAAACUUCUGUAUUCACAUCAGUGAGAAGAAUUUCAGCACGGGUAUUUUCAUCUACCAGACAUCCAUUACACCCAGUGCAAACAAGUUGAUUCCAACUGUUUCUCCUGCUACCAUCGAGGUUUUCCAGGAGAGCGACUUGAUUGUCAACAUCACCCAUCACGAGUUGGUGCCUAAGCACAUUCGCUUGUCGAAGCCAGAAAAGAAAGAGUUGUUGGAGAGAUACAGAUUGAAGGAGUCGCAGUUACCACGUAUCCAGAGAGAGGAUCCUGUGGCUCGCUACUUGGGGUUGAAGAGAGGCGAUGUGGUGAAAAUCAUCAGACGGUCGGAGACCUCAGGACGGUAUGCUUCUUACAGAAUUUGUUUGUAA